UAAAGAGUGUAGGUUUUCAAUUUUCCCAUUAAGGUGACACGAAAUUUUAUUAGUAUGGCAUGACUUUGUAUCAGAAACAAAUACCCAAAUGGUAACUGGGUCGAGGAGGGAGUAAUAAAUAAAUAAAAUAUCAAAUCGAAGCAAACGAUAAGUCUUAUCAGAGCAAGAAAGCGAAGCAUUCUGCAAGAAAUCUAUAGAUCCGUAAAAUCUAACAAGAAGGUCAAGCAAUGGCGGGUGUUUUGUAGUUGUGAUUCAUUCAGUUCAUCUCAUCCAUUAAAUAUUUCUCUAGAUCAAUCGGAAAACAUCCGGAAUCAUCAGGAUCUUCACAAUGGUGGUUCUAGCAGCGUCUAUUAUUACAAAAACGGGGAAAGCUCUGGUGUCCAGACAGUUUGUUGACAUGUCUAGGAUCAGGAUUGAAGGAUUACUUGCAGCUUUCCCUAAAUUAGUUGGCAUCGGAAAACAACAUACUUAUGUUGAGACAGAGAAUGUUCGCUAUGUGUACCAGCCUAUGGAAGCUUUGUAUUUGUUGCUUGUAACUAAUAAGCAGAGUAAUAUCCUGGAGGAUCUGGAAACCUUAAGACUGCUUUCCAAGCUUGUGCCUGAAUACUCCACUUCAUUAGAUGAAGAAGGCGUUUGUAGCACAGCCUUUGAGCUGAUCUUUGCAUUUGAUGAAGUUAUCUCAACAGGUCACAAGGAAAGUGUGACAAUUGCACAAGUCAAGCAAUAUUGUGAAAUGGAAAGCCAUGAAGAACGACUUCACAAGCUGAUAAUGCAAAGCAAGAUUAACGAGACUAAAGAUGUUAUGAAGCGAAAAGCGAGUGAGAUUGAUAAAAGCAGGAUUGAUAGGAGCAGAACUGAUAAAGGUGGCAUAAUGUCAUUGCAAUCAACUGGUUCCACCAGAUUGGAGAGUGGUUUUGGUGAUCUUAGUAUAUCAAGCAGUGGAGGUGGCUUUGGGAGCAACUCUACUCACGGAUCAAGCUUGGAUUUAGAUUCAUUUUCAAGCAAACCAAAAGGUCGACCAUCAUCAGCUGCUACUGCCCCUUCAAAGGGUUUUGGAAUGCAACUAGGAAAGUCUCAAAGAACAAACCAGUUUUUGGAAUCCUUGAAAGCAGAAGGAGAAGUCAUUGUUGAGGAUGUGCAGCCUGUUGUGGGCCAAUCUAGAAGUUCUGUUCCCGUAGCAACAGAUCCUAUUAGCAUAACAGUCGAAGAAAAGCUUAGUGUGGUUCUUAAACGUGAUGGUGGUUUGAAUAACUUAGAAGUGCAAGGUACCCUUGCCCUUCAAAUUUUGCAGAAGGAAGAUGGAUUUAUACAGGUCCAGAUAGAGACAGGAGCAAAUAAUGGGUUUCAAUUCAAGACACACCCAAACAUUAACAAGGAGUUAUUUUCAAAUGAGAAUUUGCUGGGACUCAAAGAUCCUAGUAGGCCCUUUCCUGCUGGUCCAACUGGAGAUGCACUGGGUGUGGGUCUGUUAAAGUGGAGAAUGCAAAGUGCAGAUGAGACACUCGUCCCUUUGAGCAUUAAUUGCUGGCCAUCAAUUUCAGGUGGGGAAACAUACGUUAAUAUUGAAUAUGAAUCAUCAAAGAUGUUUGACCUACAGAAUGUUAUAAUUUCAAUACCUUUGCCUGCUCUCCGAGACCCACCAACUGUCAAUCAGGUUGAUGGAGAUUGGAGAUAUGAUUCAAGGAGAUCCAUAUUAGAGUGGACCCUUCUUCUCAUAGAUAAUUCUAAUUCCAGUGGAUCUAUGGAGUUUGUGGUGCCCAAAGCAGAUCCAUCCUCAUUCUUUCCAAUAGAUGUGGGGUUCACAGCAGCCCGAACUUUCUGUGAUGUCAAGGUAAAUAACGUGUUGCCAACAAAGGGAGGACCGUCCCCAAAAUUUGCCUAUAGGACACAGAUGGUAACGGAGAACUACCAGGUCGUAUGAUAGGUUUUUUUUAAUCGAUAAACAGCAGAGCCAAGGAUUUGAUAUUAUAUAUAAAAAGGUCGUAUGAUAGUUGAGGAUAUCUUUUGCAGAGUAUUGCAUCAGAAGGUAUUAUAGGAAUCCAAAGGUUUGUUAAUGAGCAUCAUCAAAUCAUGCUUUCCAGAGUUUCAUUUGCGGCAACAACUUCUGUAUUGCUCAGGAAUUUUUAGUCCAGCUGUACUAGGUUUUUUCAUUUAUCAUCCCUCCAUCAUCUGAUGCUAUUUUUCAUUAAGUAUUUGAAUUAUCGGGUAAUAAGUGUGAUAAUUGCUUGAACAAAAUUACAAGCAGCAUUUGCUUUAAGUAUUGCAAAAUUUGAGUUGAAUAUUUGGAAUA